AUGCAAAGUGACAUGGCCCAAGGACUAACGUUGCCGGCGUUUGAUCUAAGAUCUGAUAUCAAACAUCCUUAUUCAUCAAGUAUUGGCUAUAUGACAGUUUUAUAUCCAAAUAACCGACAACUAUUGAUAUCCAAAAGAGAAGUUAUCCUUAUAAGAGGAUCUACAGUGACUAAGAAAUUAAAAUAUGAUGAAGAUAUAAUAGCGGCGGCGUAUACAUCAUUCAAUAGUGGUGGAUCUGGGUGUGAUACAAAUCCCACCGAUGCUUUAAUAAUAUGUCUUCGAAAAUCAGCUUACGUUAACUAUCCUGAUGGAAGAUCGUACGUCGUGAGCUUUCCAUUUAGCUUGAAAAGUGCAUUUCCUUUUGAAUCUGGAAUAAUACUAGAAAAGGACCAAACGGUCCCAUCAUUAUCUAGCAUCGAUAAUCUACAUCCACAACAAUUGCACGCCGCAAAGUUUCUCACAUUGGUUGAUCCAAUUGGAGACUUCAGGAUAAUAACUUCAUCCUCAACUUCAGUCAUAUCUCCCCAUGAGAGGUUGAUGACAUUCCCAGCAAAGGGUUUGAACAAAACCUCUACCAUAUGUGCUACAUUCAAUACUCUGGAGAAAACUGUAGUAUUAUAUCAUAUACGAUCUUCCACUAGGGGAAACAAAAAGCCAGUCACAAGUUCAUCAAAAUUCACGAAGAGAAAACAGAGUAUGAUUUCAACCCCAAACCCUUCAAGGAUUCCUGAGGAUGAGAGUGUGCAUCUUGACCCUAAUCAUAAUAAUAACUCCAUUUCAAUGGUAGUCUACAAAAUGUCAUUUCUAUGA